CAAAUGUAAAACAUUUGUUUUUUCAAAUUAUCGUUUAAAAAAAGAUUUGAACGGAGCACCAGUUUACGUACAAAAAAGAAGCAAUCGUUCUCACUUAGUGGAAGCUCAUUAUACGGAAAAUGAAGUUACUUUCUCGAAAACAGCGGCAGUUUCUAGAUUAAUGCUAUUAAUCAAAGAAAAGCUAAAUAUUACAUAUAAACUUAAAACAUUUAAAGAUGGAGAACCGAAGGAAUAUCUUUAUUGGUUUAAUGCUAUGUUCUCUCCUAAGCAUCAUUAUUCUCCGACAAUAUCAGCCAGAGAAGUUAUCUUCGUUGUUAAAGCUCCCGGAGGCAUAGAUAAAGCAUAUGCACUUAUAAAACCUUUCACUUUGUUGGUGUGGUUCAUAAUAGUCCUAAGUUUGUUCCUUUUAACUCCGAUUAUUAAAGGAAUCCUAAAAGCAGGAGAAAAACUAUCGAAGAAACCAACACCAAAUCUUCUCAAGAUAUUUUGGUUUCUUUUACGAUGUAUUUUAAUGCAACAUGAAAGUGUAAGCAGGUUUCCGGGAUGUGCACCAAAAGUUGUAUUGAUACUUUGGAUCGUCGCAACUUUUAUAUUGACUUCUUCUUAUGGCGGAGCUAUUCUUUCAUAUCUUUCAAUUCCAGGCAGCAAAUCAGUUAUAUCCACAUAUGCACAACUAGCUAGAGCCAUACAGAAAGGAACUUAUACAUGUGGUACUGUCCAAACAUACAGCAUUCGAGAUAUUAUAAUGAAUUCUAAUGGGGAAUUAGAACAGAUUUUCAGAGAAUCCAUGUUAAGUGUGGAAGAAAAUAUAGUUCAAAAUCAGAUGGAUGCAAUAGAAAAUGUAUUAAAAAGAAAUUAUGCUUUUUUCUCUUACGAUACUUAUAUUAAACCUAUAAUAAUGGAACUUGGAGAAGAAAAGUUUUCAAUAUCGAAAGAUUCACUCUUGACAAGUUAUUCAGCCUGCAUUUUUCACAACAAUUUUCCUUUCAGAAAGGAAUUCCAAAAUUUAAUGACUCGAAUACAACAAACAGGUAUAAUUCCAAAAUUUUACGAAGAUGAAUUUUAUAGAAUUAAAACAAAAAGAGAAAAAUUUGAUCACGAAAUUGAUUUCGAGCCCCUUAAUUUAUAUACGCUAAAAGCGCCAUUCCUUAUAUUGUCUAUCGGUUACGGAAUUUCCAUUCUUACAUUAAUCGCAGAAAUCACAUUCAAACGCAUUAAAAAGUUUACACACGUUUAGAUCUUCUACGACAUAAAAAGUCAUUUUAAUGUUAAUUUAAUAGACUACUAAAAGAAAAUUAAACAGUAAAGAUUGCAUUAGAGUAGAUAAAUACACUUUUUCACCGACCAGUUACACAAAUGUGUCCAAAGUAUUGAAAAAAAUUAAAAUAUAUAUACUGUCUAUAUAAUAAUUUUCAGAUUAAAUCAUUC